UUGUUAAAUGAGUACUGUAUAUAUGACGGUAUCUUCAACCAACUGAAACAAACAGAACGACUUCCUCUCCUUCCUUACCAUGGCUUCUCAAUCUCACAACAUCAAAAUCCACGACCACUUUAGCGUUUCCCCUCCCUCAGCAACAGCGACAUCCCUCUCUCUCAAAUUCUUCGACCUUUUCUGGCUCAGGUUCCACCCCGUGGAACGCAUCUUCUUCUACACGCUUCCAACACCCCAAUCAGACCCAUCCAUUUUCUAUUCCAAAAUCGUUCCAAAGCUCAAAACCUCUCUCUCUCACACCCUCCAACACUUUCCCCCUCUCGCCGGCAACGUGGUUUGGCCUCAUGACUCCCCAAACCCCAUCGUCCAAUACACCCCAGGCGACGCCGUUUCAGUGCUGGUGGCUGAAUCCGAAGCUGACUUCAACCACGUGCUUGAUAACUCACCCCACGAAGCAUCGGAGUCACGUUGUUUAGUACCCCACUUGGAUUCAUCGGAUUCUCAUGCCUCUAUUGUCUCUCUUCAAAUCACUCUGUUCCCCAACAAAGGAUUCAGCAUAGGAAUCAGCACCCACCAUUCCGUUCUUGAUGGAAAAUCUUCGACCCUUUUCAUCAAGGCUUGGUCAUCUCUAUGCAAAACCAACGAUGAUGAAUCUUCAGAGUCAUCAUCACCAUCUUUGGCGCCAGAGUUGGUUCCUUUCUUUGACAGAUCAGUCAUCAAAACCCCAAGUGACUUGGGACUUAACUUGACAAUCAUUUGGACUGAGGUCUUAACCAAAUUGUUCCCUACUGAAAACAGCGACGGGAGGUGCUUAAAGCUUGCACCUUUCCCUCCAAGACUCGAGGAUCAUGUUCGAGCUACGUUCGCGCUCACGAGAGCAGAUUUGGAGAAGUUAAGGAAAAGGGUGUUGUCCAAAUGGGACAUUGUUGAAACAGGAGAAGAAUCAGAGCCACCUAGGUUGUCGUCCUUUGUUCUCACAUGUGCUUAUGCGGUAGUUUGCAUUGCGAAGGCCAUUCAUGGAGUUAAAAAGGAGAAAGAGAAGUUUUCUUUUGGGUUCACGGUGGAUUGCAGGGCGAGGUUGGAGCCACCAAUCCCUGACAACUAUUUUGGUAACUGUGUAUGGGGCCGUUUGGUGGAUGCUGACCCACUGGACUUCAUAAAGGAAGAAGCUUUUGUUAUUAUUGCAAAGAGUAUUGAUAGUAAAAUAAAAGAGAUGUCAGAAAAGGGGAUUUUUCAUGGGGCGGAUAGUGUGUUUUCUAAACACGCGUCUUUGGCAAAAGAGAGAGUUGAAAUCUUGGGAGUUGCAGGGUCUAAUCGAUUUGGGGUCUAUGGGAGUGAUUUUGGUUGGGGGAAGCCUGCUAAGGUGGAGAUAACAUCGGUGGAUAGAGCCUUAACCAUUGGGUUGGCAGAGAGCAAGGAUGGGAAUGGUGGUGUUGAAGUUGGGCUUGUUCUUAAUAAACAUGUCAUGGAUCUAUUUGCCACUUUGUUUCGUCAUGGAGUGUCAGAUGAGUAGUGAUGACAGAUUUGAAUAAACGUGCAUCUUAAGAUUUGAGUAUGUAUUCAAGAAAGAAAAAAGUGCACAAUAUCAGAAUUUAUUUGUACCAGUAUUUGUCGUUUUAAUUUUGAUGGGUUUCACAUUAAUCAGUAAUGCUGUAUGUAUACCCAAAAAUGGUGUAACAGUAACGUUUACCUUCAUAAAAUCAGAAUUUAUUUAUGCGAGUA